GCGAAUACGUAUGCAAUUUGUGUCUAGUUGGGAUGCUUUUUACAUACAUGGAUAUUCAGAAUCAAUUCUUACCAGUUAGUUAAAAUUGAUAAAUAAUUUAAUUCAAAUAAUGAAAGUGAAUUUGGUGGUAGUUUAGUGCGGUCGUUUUUUUGAAGAGAAACAAAAAAAUGGUGUUCCAUGAUUGACCACCAUGAGGACGAAAAAAGCGCUGCGGAAACAGACUAACCAAUGGAAAGCCCCUGUUUCUUCGCUCAUCAGAAAUCUGAGACCUGCGCUACCAUGGACGGUGCAUCGAACCCUGGUAUCGGACGCGGCCGCGGCUCCCUACUUUUGGACAUGGUGAAAAAGAAACAAGCAGCUGUUGGAUCCACAGAUGAUAGUUCAGAACAGUCUGCAGGACCUUUAACUUCUCCAGAACAGCCUACGAGAAUAGAAUCCGCUCCAUCUGUGACCAGUAGCGGCAUGGGAAGCAGCAUCUGUUUUGGGAGAGGUAACUUGUUGCAAUUUGCUCAAAAAUCUCAGAGUCCGCAACCUUCGCAGACACCUUCGCCUCUACCCCUGAGCUCGGGUCGGGGAUCAUUGCUGAGCUUUGCACAAAAAUUCUCUAGCGAUUCAGGGGGUUUAAACAGUCCGUCAUCUGUUGGCGAAUCUGUUCACGCUGUGCCAAAACUUACUACAUCUGGUGAUGGUGCUGGUGUCUUGGGACCAUUGUCCCAACUCACAAUGGAUGACAGAUCACAGGGUACAACUGAUUCCGAACCUAUCUCUCGGCAAGGCGAAACUGGCAAAAGAGUCGAAAUGACAGCAAACUAUAUAGACUUGAAGGUAGAACAUGGCAAAGGACUAUUUCGGUACGAAGUCAAGUUUUCCCCUGAAAUUGACUCUGUUUCUCUUCGUCGUAAACUGCUCAACCAGCAUGCCGAGACGUUUGGGAACACCAGAACUUUUGAUGGUGCACUUCUCUACUUGCCCUCUAAACUUCCACAAUCGCAAACGGUGUACAAAUCAUUGCACCCCGCGGAUGGUUCGAGCGUCAACGUAACUCUUAUUUAUCAAGCGCAAAUGAAGUUGUCAGAUAGUAUCCACUUUUUCAAUAAUUUAUUGGGGAGAGUAAUGAGAGCGUUGAGUUUAGUCCGGAUUGGUCGAGACAAUUAUAAUCCUCGUUGUGCACAUGCCGUGCCGCAACACAAGAUGGAAUUAUGGCCAGGAUACGUAACCGCCAUAGAUGAAUACGAGGGUGGAUUAAAGUUGAACAUCAACGCGUCUCAUAGAGUUAUGAGAACAGACACCGUGAGAGACCUGUUAGGGGAGAUUCAGAAAAAUACUCGUUCUGAUUUUCGUGCCGCGGUUACCGCAGAAAUUCUCGGUUUGACCGUAUUGACGCGUUACAACAACCGCACUUAUCGUAUAGACGAUAUAGAUUGGGAUAAAAAUCCAUUAUUUUCGUUCGAUCGGAAAGGCGAGAAAGUCGUUGUGCAGGAUUAUUACAAAAGCCAUUGGAACAUCGAAAUAAAAGAUUUGCAUCAACCUUUGCUGGUGAAUCGUCGCAAAGAAAAAACAUCGACCGGCGAAACGAAAGAAGUUGUCUCGCUGUUGAUCCCUGAGCUUUGUUACCUGUCAGGAUUGACCGACAAAUUACGUUCUGAUUUUCGAGUCAUGCGCGACCUGGCGUCCGUCACUCAGGUUGGGCCUGAAGCACGUCGGAACGUCAUUCUACGCUUUGUUCAAGAUGUUAAAAACACUCCCGUAGCGAAUGACAUUUUGGAAGGAUGGGGUCUGAGAAUGGCCGAAAAUACGACACGAUUUGAGGGACGUGUUUUGCCCCCGGAAAUUUUGACCUUCGGCCAAGAGAGAACAUUCAAAAGUGAAAAAGCUGACUGGGGUGGAGCUGUUGUUAAAAAUCCUAUGCUUCGCACUCCGCACAUGCGAUGCUGGUGUAUACUGGCCACAGAUCGAGAUGCUCGAACCGCUGGUGAAUUCGUUUCUAUGCUUCGACGUGUUGGACGCAACAUGACCAUGGAAAUCACCGAACCGAUUUAUAUUAAACUACAGAACGAUCGGGUUGAAACUUAUCUUUCCGAGAUACGCAAAGUUAUUAAUCCAAACCUUGAAAUGGUCGUAGCGGUUUGUCCGACCAACAGAAAUGAUCGUUACGCUGCAAUCAAAAAGCUCUGCUGUGUCGAAGCUCCCGUACGAUCGCAAGUGAUAGUUACGAAAACUAUUUCACGAAGUGACAAGUUGAAAAGCGUUUCGGAAAAAAUAGCUCUACAGCUAAACUGCAAACUGGGUGGGGCACUCUGGGCCCUUGAAAUUCCUUUCAAAAACUGUAUGAUUUGCGGCGUUGACGUUUACCACGCUGGGCCUGGAGAAAAAUCCAAGGGAAGUGUCGCUGCCUUUGUCGCGAGUACCGACAAAUCGUUGACGUCGUGGUACAGCCGAAUUUGCCUUCAACGCCCUAAUCAGGAAUUGGUUGACUUGCUCAAAAUAUGUCUUGUCGCCGCUAUCAAAGCAUAUAGUAAGAUCAAUGGGUGCAAUCCGCAAAGGAUAUUUAUUUAUCGAGAUGGAGUCGGCGAUGGGCAGCUCGACAUUGUGGCAAAUUACGAGGUUAAACAACUAUUGGAUGCUUUCACGUCUAUUGAUUCAACGUAUCAGCCAAAACUCACUUUCAUUGUUGUGCAGAAACGUAUCAACACUCGCCUAUUGGCUGUUGUACGCGGCAGAAUGGAAAAUCCAUCACCGGGGACGAUAGUUGACAGUAUGGUAACUCGUCGUAAUUGGUACGAUUUUUUCUUGGUCCCGCAAACGUCGCAUCAGGGAACGGUAUCACCAACCCAUUACAUCGUGAUUUAUGAUGCGGCGGAGAUGAAAGCCGAUUACAUCCAGCGUCUUUCGUUUAAACUGUGCCAUUUGUAUUACAAUUGGCCAGGAACUGUAAGAGUUCCGGCUCCGUGCCAGUACGCACAUAAACUUGCGUACCUAGUGGGUCAGAGUAUUGGAACGCAGCCUUCCGACAGUCUAGCAAAUUCUCUUUACUAUCUUUAAAUCUAUCAUUCUCGACGCAACAAUUUUCGUCUUUGAUGUGAAAAAAAAAUCCGUUUUUUUUUUAAGUUACAUUUUCUUUCUUUUUGUGAGUUCAUCAACCUAAGGAAAAAAACGUUCGACUUCCUUGGCUUUCCUGAAUUAUGAAGAUUUUCUUAACUGUCGUACACAAAAUAUACAGAAUGUGAACAAACAAUCGUACUAAUAUUAUAGUAUUAACACACCUCCGAAGUAAUAAAGAUAAUAUUUUUUCUAACUUG